AUUUACGUGAAAACUUCAAAUCUGGCAACCCAGAGCUGUUGUAGCCAUGAUUGUAGCCGCCUACCGGUGCCUACAGUUUUGCUCAAGAUGCCCCAGUAGCUGACAUGAAAGGCUCCCUGUAUGAAGUGCGACUCUUGCCCUGAGCAGCAGGUGGCAGAAGGGACCAAGCUUUUCUCUGCUGUGACCUUGCCCUGCUGUGAGAGGGUCAGGCAACCAGCUACUAUCCUGUGGACAAAAACAGGCUUGCACAUGCACACACAGAUGUACAUUCCCUCUGCCUGUGUCACACACUAUAAGAACCACACUAAGGCGGAGGAGGAGAGCUGGAAGCGAAGCAGCAGCUGCACAAAAAUAGUGGAAUAGAAAUCAGCAGUGUACUCCUGUAAAGAAGGACAAUCCUACAUCAAAGAGGGAAGAGGAUCAGACUGCACCGGUCAGAGAUGUGAUCAAGGAAAAGAAAGGAAAUUAAAGGAAAAGAAAAAUAAUAAAAGUGUUUCCGAUGGGUGGAGGGGCCACCAGACUGCACAGCGUCCUGGCUCAAACGCUCAGCAACAAUUCUCCGCUCUCGCUCCCUUCUUCUCAUUUGGGCUCCUGCCAGCGUGCGGACGCAAACCUGGAUCAAGUUUUCUGCCAGGAGCAGAAGGGGUCCCCUUUAUGUCCCCCCGAUCCAGUGGACCUGCUGCGGCAAUGCGAGGAGGCCCUCAGAGACAGACCACAAAGAAUCCACAGGAAGUUCACUCACCUCAGUGAAGGAAACGGCGCCUCCAGCAGCCCCAUCAGAGUGAUGCAGUGGAACAUACUGGCACAAGCUCUUGGCGAGGGACUUGACAGCUUCGUGAAUUGUCCCAUGGAAGCCCUCAGCUGGUCCCGCAGAAAGUAUCUCAUCUUAGAGGAGAUCCUCACUCACCGACCUCAUAUCCUGUGUCUGCAAGAAGUGGACCACUACUAUGACACCUUCCAGCCGGUCCUAUCAGGCCUGGGUUACAGCAGCAGCUUCUGCCCUAAACCCUGGUCACCGUGCCUGGAUGUGGAGGGCAACAAUGGGCCUGAUGGCUGCGCACUGUUCUUCGAUCAGUCCCGAUUUGAAUUCCUGGAUAGCGUGAACAUACGGCUUUCUGCGAUGAGGAUUCCAACAAAUCAGGUUUCUGUGGUGACGGUUCUUCGUUGUCGGAGCACAGGGAAGUACCUCUGUGUAGCUGUGACCCACCUGAAGGCACGCUCCGGCUGGGAGUGGCUCCGCAGCGCCCAGGGCUCUGACCUCUUACGCCACCUCCAAAAUCUGAUCCAGAAGCAUCCGUCUGGGCCCGUGGGUUCCCCUUUUUCUGACAUUCCUCUGCUCAUAUGUGGUGAUUUCAAUGCCAUCCCAACUGAGGAAGUGUACAGACGUUUUGCUGCAUCGCCCCUCGGUUUGGACUCAGCCUACAAGAAGCUCAGCCAGGAUGGUUUGACUGAGCCAGAGUACACAACGUGGAAGAUCAGGCCUACAGGGGAAUGCUGUACCACUCUGGACUACAUCUGGUACAGUCAGGACUCUCUAAGAGUGGACGCAGUUUUGAACAUGCCCACUGAGGAACAGAUUGGGCCAAACAGGCUCCCAUCCUUUAGUUAUCCUUCUGACCAUCUCUCUCUGGUUUGUGACUUAAGUUUUAAGGAGGGGGAGUGAGAACUGAAACAAUGAACCCACACACUGGAAGAGACAAAGCUGUAAGGAGACAGUGACCACAGUACAUUCAUUCUGUUGGGCCUCACUCAACUAUAAGAUUCUGAGUCAGCAUUACAAAAGUACCAAUUUUUAAUUGAGAGUGACUGAUAAUAAAAUUAUUUUGCUUAAUUUGUGUGUGGUUUAUAUUUUAUGGCUGUUGCUUUUGCAGUGCAUUAUAAUGUAGAUUUGCAAUGCUCUUUUUCAUUGGCUGGAUUUAAACGGUCUGGUAUCACAAAUGAUAUAUUUAUCUACUGAUGUAGAUAGUUAGGGUUAUGUACAAUUACUAUGUAUAACACAAAGAGUGUCUUUCCAUGAAGGAAGCAGCCCCAAUAAAAAAACCAUCACCUUG